GCCCUCACCGCCGGGUCGUCGCGGUGCAUUGUGGGCGCGGUAGUUUCCGCCGCAGUUAUGGUUGCCUUAAUAAAGCAUGAGUUCUCCGGUUCGCGGACUGGAAUAUAACAGGCAUCAGAGAUUCCUGCUCUGUUCCCUGCUCGUUCUCCGGAAUGCGAUCUAGGUUGGUUGUCCCAGGAUUGUCGUUGUUUAAUGGAGAAAAGUCGCCGGAUUUCGUUGCUUAAGUAGCCCUAAAAGCAUAGCCUUCAUUUUUCUGUGAGAAACUGAAAAUCAUCUUUUAAGAAGUUGCGCUUCGACUCCCUGCUUCGCCCCCCCCCCUCCCCCGGAUUCCUUGAUUAUGGUGUAAAGUUGGGCUUUUUGAACAUCUCUUCACUAUUUUGUGCUGAUCUCACUGCAUAAUGACUUUCUGUUUUACUGGUAUUCGAAGCUUCCCUAAGCUUUGGAAAAACAAUCCAUACCUCGGGCUAGGCCCAGGACACUCUUAUAACCCUCUCUUUUUGAAAGACUGUUAUGGCAUCAGGAACCAGCAGAAGUUGUUUUCCCUUCAAACAGCAUCUCCACAAAAUACCAAAGCAAUAAAUCUUCUAAGUGUGAAGGCCAGAUACCGCAGGAAAGGCAGCAGUGAAAUUUCUUCCGAGUUUCCUCAUCUUUUUGCAGCUGGAGCAGCUAAGAAGAGAUCACAGAUGAAUCCUCAGAGUAAAGAUCAUGCCUUGCCACCUGUGAGCAACAUUAUUCAACUCCCAACAAAACCUUUGAAUUCAGAGCAGUGGGAUAAACUUAAGGAAGAUUUCAAAGGAAAAGCUAAUUUUGAAAAUUGGAUCAUUUCACAGAUGGCUCAACACAAUAGCUCUGUAGAUGUGGCCAAAUCUUUGCUGGCCUGGGUAGCUACAAAAAACAAUGGUAUUGUAAGCUAUAAUUUGCUGGUCAAGUAUUUGUAUCUCUGUGUUUUUCAUAAGCAGACAUCAGAAGUUUUUGAUGUAUAUGAAAUUAUGAAAGCCAGAUACAAGAGUUUAGAAUCUGGAGCAAACACUCUUCUCAUCCGGGGAUUAAUCCAUUCAGACAGAUGGAGAGAGGCCUUGGUGCUGUUAGAAGACAUCAAAAAGGUCAUGACCCCUUCAAAAAAGAACUAUAAUGACUGUAUCCAGGGAGCUCUCCUUCAUCAAGAUGUAAACAUAGCUUGGAAUUUGUAUGAGGAAUUGUUAAGUCAUGAUCUUGUUCCUAUGAUGGAAACUUUAAAAGCCUUUUUUGAUUUGGGAAAAGACAUAAAAGAUGAUCAGUAUUCAAACAAACUACUAGACAUUCUUUUGUAUCUAAGAAAUAAUCAGCUGUAUCCUGGGGAAUCAUUUGCACACAGUAUAAAAACAUGGUUUGAGAGUGUUCCUGGAGAGCAGUGGAAAGGACAAUUUACCACAAUCCAGAAAAGUGGUCAGUGUUUGGGCUGUGGAAAAACCAUAGAGUCUAUUCAUCUGAGUCCAGAAGAGUAUGACUUUCUCAAAAGAAAAAUUCUGAGGGAUGUGAUAGAUGGAGGUGACCAAUACAGAAAGACAACACCUCAGGAACUGAAGAGAUUCCAGAACUUUGUGAAAUACUGUCCUCCUUUUGAUAUUGUCAUCGAUGGGCUCAAUGUCGCCAAAAUGUUUCCUAAAGCUCGUGAGUCUCAAGUUCUCUUGAGUGUGGUCUCUCAACUAGCCAAGCAGAAUCUGCGAGUGCUGGUCCUGGGCCGGAAGCACAUGCUAAAUUCGCGUGCCAAGUGGAAAAAGGAUGAGAUGGAAGAGGUGCAAAAGCUAGCCAGCUGUUUCUUUGCUGACAACAUCUCCGAAGACGAUCCGUUCCUUCUCUACGCCACCCUGCACUCAGGGCACCACUGCAAGUUUAUCACAAAGGAUCUGCUGCGGGACCAUAAGGCCUGUCUCGCUGAUGCCAAGACCCAGCGCCUGUUCUUUAAGUGGCAACAGGGACAUCAGCUGGCGAUUACUAACAGGUUUCCAGGAUCAAAAAUAACCUUUCAGCAUAGUCUCAGCUAUGACACGGUGGUGCAGACAACUGGGGACUCGUGGCACAUACCAUAUGAUGAAGACCUGGUGGAAAGAUAUUCCUAUGAAGUGCCAACCAAAUGGCUGUGCCUUCACCGAAGGACAUAAAGGCUCGUACCCCUCUGCUAACGUCGUGUCUGGGCGCCCUCCCGUUGGCAUUGGAGCUCUUAGGUUGACACCUAUUUAGGUCAUUGCCUCUGCCCUGUUCAAUCAGGCUUUCCUGUUUGGUUCCAUUGGUUUGUAUGUCAACAAAUUGAUUUUUUAAUUAAAUGUGUUAUAGUAUCUUUUCAUAA